AUGCGCGGCGCCACUAUCCUCAAGACCUCCGACGACAAGACCCGCGCCCUGAACAAAAACACCCUGAUGGCCUUCUCCGGCGAAGCAGGCGACACCAUCCAAUUCGCCGAAUACAUCCAAGCCAACAUCGCACUGUACACGAUGCGCAACGAGACAGAUCUGGGGCCCAGCGCGGUGGCGAGCUUUGUGCGUGGCGAGCUGGCUCGGUCGUUGCGGAGCCGGAAGCCCUAUAACGUCAAUCUCUUGUUGGGCGGCGUCGACCCCAUUUCCAAGCAGCCCAGUCUGUACUGGUUAGAUUAUCUGGCUAGCAGUGCGCAGGUGCCCUAUGCGGCUCAUGGCUAUGCUCAAUACUACUGCCUGUCGAUCCUGGACAAGCACCACCACCCAGACAUCUCAUUCGAGCAAGGCAUGAAGAUCCUGCGCAUGUGCACGGACGAGCUGCAGCGUCGUCUGCCCAUUGAUUUCAAGGGCAUGACGGUCAAGGUGGUCAAGAAGGACGGCAUUGUGGAUCUCGAGUAUGACACCAGCAAACAAGUUAUGGCUGCUUAA